CACUCGCAUGGGGUCUCGCAGCGCAGCGAGCCGGGUACCCAGCGCUCAGAGCCGGAGCCGGGGACGAUGCUGGCGGCCGCAGCCCUGUGCGCCGCCGCGCUAGGCUGGGCUGCGGGAGCGCGGCUGCUCAGCGGACAGACAAUUUGUCGUCGUGGAACAGAGCCACCAUGCUACAAAGUGGUUUAUUUUCAUGAUGCUUCACGCAGGAUCAGCUAUGAAGAAGCACAGCUUGCCUGCAGAACUGACGGGGGACAUCUAGUCAGUAUUGAAACAGAAGCAGAGCAAAGACUGAUUGAAAGAUUCAUUGACAGUCUCUUAGCUUCUGAUGGAGACUUUUGGAUAGGGCUUCGGAGGAAAAAGGAGGAGGUAGACAAUAGUACAGACUGCCAGAACCUCUACUUCUGGUCAGAUGGCAGCUCAUCCAACUUCCGGAACUGGUAUGUAGAUGAGCCAUCCUGUGGGAGCGAAAUCUGUGUUGUGAUGUACUACCAGCCAUCUGCCCCACCAGGUGUCGGAGGUCCUUAUAUGUUUCAAUGGAACGAUGACAGAUGCAACAUGAAAAAUAACUUCAUUUGCAAAUAUUCUCUUGAGAAGACAACGAGAGCUCCAGUAGAGAAUUCCCAGAAAAGUGUUGCAACAGAACCCUUAAGCCCACUAUUCCCAGAAGAGCAUCAUAGAAAAGAUGCUAAUGUAACAGUUGUGGAAGCCAAAGAACCUGUUCAGAGUCUUGCCUACAUCCUUUUCCCCAGCAUUCCUGUACUGCUGCUCCUGAUAGUUGUUACAGGCAUCUUCUGGUUUUGGCUUGUUGUGAAGAGGAGACAGGAGCAAACUGAUGCAAGCCCAAAGGAGGAAGAUGCAUGGCUGUCUAACCACAGCAGGAACAGUCCAAAUCUGGAUAUCUACAAAGUUAUCAAGAAGCAAUCAGAAGCAGAUCUGGCUGGAACCAGGCCUGACACUAAGAAUUCUUCCUUUCGUAAACAGGAAGAGAAGGUGCUUGACAGUUUCACCAGUGAUUAUGAUGCAGCAAUGAAUACAUCGAGUGGCUUUGUGACAUUGACCAGUACUGAAAGUGGCUUUGUGACCAAUGAUAUCUAUGAGAUGUGUGGACAUCAUGUGGGAAGGAGCAAGGAAUCGACCUGGGUGGAAAAUGAGAUUUAUGGAUAUUAAGGAAAUGGACCAAAACAAAUCCUGGGAUAUGGAUGACAAAGUGAAUGUUGAUACAAGCUAAUGUGCCUGCCCCAUGCACUUGUUUUAAUAAUAGUAUACGUGAUGUUUAUUCUGGUUUCGCAUUGUCCCUAUAUUCUUCUCUUUCUGAAAGAAUAUGGGUUUUUAAAGAUCCAGACUGAAAGGAUGUGUAUCUUCUGCUCUGCAUCAAGUCUCCUUUCACCUGGGAAUGGCUUGUUAUUUCUCUUUAUUCCUUUUUUUGUACUCCAAAGAUAUGCCUUUGAAACUGAAGUGCAAUCAAAAAUCUGUAUUUAUUUAACUGACUUUCAAAGGUAUUAAAAGUCACUAGUGACUAUGGAUAUAUAUAUAUAUAUAUAUAUAUAAAAACCUAUGGGUUCUCAUAGGUACUGAU